AUGGCACCAGCACCCAGGCUGCUCCCUGCCCUCCUCCUGCUGCUGCUCCUCACCCUGCUGUGCUGCCAGAGCCAGGCUCAGAGAGCCCCAGCUGUGCCAGGCAAGUGCUGCUUCAACUUCCAGAUGAGAAGGAUCAAGAGAAACAACGUGGUCGCCUUCUACCCCACCAGCCCUGGGUGCCCACACCGGGCUGUGAUCUUCAGGGUGAGGAAUGGGAAGGAGAUCUGUGCACAGGCAAGCAGGGCCUGGGUGAAGAGCUACCAGCAGAGCUUCAAGGUCGGCUCCUACUCCAUCCCCAGCUAG